CAUCACAUGCGCUCUCGCAGUCUGUUACUGAGAUUGGGCUCCUUUGCACAUCCCUUGCCCCCCUCUCCACCCUUGCCCUCCACAUGCCAUUGGCUCACUCAGGUCCGCCCACCAGCUGCCCGACCAAUGCAGCAUUGACGCCACUCCCAUCCAUCACCUCCUCCUUCCUUCCUUCCUCUCCUUUCCCUUUAGCCUCUUCCUCGCACCCUCUCCUCCCCUUCUCCUCCUCCCAGACAGACCCUGCCCUUUCCUUUCCUUCUGCUUUCUGUGGCUCCUCUGUGUGCGUUUCGGAGUCUAGGACCGGACGGCGGAGUCGUACGACGGCCGGCCUUCACCCGGUGGGCCUGCGAUGCUGACGGCCCGGUCGCACUUCUCCAUUCCUGCGCCUCCCGCAGCUGGGAUUUCAUGUUCCCCGUUGGCCUGAAUGUCCGCGCCCAUGUCCAAGCGUGAGAGCGGCAGCACCAGCCCGGUGGUGAGGCAGAUCGACAAGCAGUUCCUGGUGUGCAGCAUCUGCCUGGACCGCUACCACAACCCCAAAGUGCUGCCCUGCCUGCACACCUUCUGCGAGAGAUGUCUCCAGAACUACAUCCCUCCGCAGUCUCUGACACUGUCGUGUCCGGUGUGCCGGCAGACGUCCAUCCUGCCCGAGAAGGGCGUGGCCGCGCUGCAGAACAACUUCUUCAUCACCAACCUGAUGGAGGUGCUGCAGCGAGACCCCGAGUGCAGCCGACCCGAGGCCUGCAACGUCCUGGAGUCGGCCAGCGCCGCCACGGCCUGCCAGCCGCUCUCCUGCCCCAACCACGAGGGCAAGGUGAUGGAGUUCUACUGCGAGUCGUGUGAGACGGCCAUGUGUCUGGAGUGCACAGAAGGCGAGCACAGGGAGCACGUGACCGUGCCUCUGAGGGACGUUCUGGAACAACACAAGUCGGCACUCAAAAACCAGCUGGACGCGGUGCGCAACCGGCUGCCUCAGUUGACGGCCGCCAUCGAGCUGGUGAGCGAGAUCUCCAAGCAGCUGACGGAGCGGAAGAACGGCGCCGUGACGGAAAUCGACGCCACCUUUGACGAGCUGGAGAAGGCCUUGCGCCAGCGCAAGAGCGCCCUCGUCGCCGAGGUGGACAACAUCUGCGGCGCCAAGCAGAAGGUGCUCCAAGCCCAGCUGACGUCGUUGCUGCAGGGCAAAGAGAACAUCGAGAGCAGCUGCGACUUCACCGAGCAGGCCCUGAGCCACGGCAGCGCCACCGAGGUCCUCCUGGUCCAGAAGCAGAUGGGCGAGCGGGUCAGCGCCCUGGCGCGCUACACCUUCCCCGAGUACCCGCACGAAAACGGCCACCUGGAGUGCCAGGUGGAGACGGACGGCCUGCGGCGCUCCAUCCAGAACUUGGGCGUCCUGAUCACCACCGGCGCCGUGGGCCACACCAGCGUGGCGACCGGCGAGGGCCUGAGGCACGCGCUGGUGGGCCAGCACACCACCGUCACCGUCACCACCAAGGACAAAGACGGCGAGCUGGUGAAGACGGGCAACGCCGCCCUGAGGGCUCGGAUCGUGUCGGCCGAGGGCGCCGUCGCCGAGGCCGAGGUGGCCGACAACAAGAACGGCACCUACGAGGUGGGCUACACGGCCCGCGCCGAGGGCGAGUUCGCCUUCUCCCUGCUGCUGUACGAGCAGCCCGUCCGGGGGAGCCCCUUCCGCCUGCGGGCCGUCAAGCCCUCCGACGUGCUGCAGUCGCCCGACGACGUCAAGCGGCGGGUCAAGUCGCCCGGCGGCGGCGGCGGCGGUCACGUUCGCCAGAAGGCCGUCAGGAGACCCUCCAGUAUGUACAGCGCCACCAAGAAGAAGGAAAACCCCAUCGAGGACGAGCUCAUCUACAGAGUCGGAACGAGAGGACGCGACAAAGGAGAAUUCACUAACCUGCAAGGCAUCUCCACCUCCGGCAACGGUCGCAUCGUGCUGGCCGACAGCAACAACCAGUGCAUCCAGGUGUUUUCCAACGACGGGCAGUUCAAGAUGAGGUUCGGGGCGCGAGGCCGCUCGCCGGGGCAGCUGCAGCGCCCCACGGGGGUCGCGGUGGACAUGAACGGCGACAUCAUCGUGGCCGACUACGACAACCGAUGGAUCAGCAUCUUCUCGGCGGACGGCAAGUUCAAGAACAAAAUCGGAGCCGGUCGUCUGAUGGGUCCGAAAGGCGUGGCGGUGGACAAGAACGGGCACAUCAUCACCGUGGACAACAAGGCCUGCUGCGUCUUCAUCUUCCAGGCCAACGGAAAGUUGGUCACAAAGUUUGGCGCCAAGGGAACUUCCGACAGACAUUUUGCAGACAAAAGUGGUGCAAAUGUGGCACUGGAACAAAAGCUGAGUAAAUCAGGCCCAGUGUUCAGUCCUCAUUUUGUGGCCGUCAACAACAAGAAUGAGAUCGUGGUGACGGACUUCCACAACCAUUCGGUCAAGGUGUACAACGCGGACGGCGAGUUCCUGUUCAAGUUCGGCUCACACGGAGAAGGCAACGGGCAGUUCAACGCGCCGACCGGCGUGGCCGUCGACUCCAAUGGGAACAUCAUCGUGGCCGACUGGGGCAACAGUCGCAUCCAGGUUUUCGACAGCUCGGGCUCGUUCCUGUCUUACAUCAACACGACGGCAGACCCCCUGUACGGCCCCCAAGGCCUGGCGCUCACCUCGGACGGUCACGUGGCCGUGGCCGACUCGGGCAACCACUGCUUCAAGGUGUACCGAUACCUCCAGUAGAGCCGACACGCGACGGAAACGCCGCGAGUCCGCAGGGUGCGAUAUUGAUAAUAAUAAUAAUUAAAAGAAAAAAAAAAAAACUUCUCACACGUCAGCCAUGACGCUCACCGUGGGUACUCAGAAUGUUUUUUUUUUUUUUUUUUUAAAUUAUCUUUCAAUUUUGGUGACGUAGCCCCCUAAAAGGAUCGCGCCGAGGCCCAAAGUGUGUGUGUACAGUACACGGACAGAUAAGAGUCAAGUAUUUAACGAGGCAGAACGUGCAUGCAAUUUGAGCUCAUCUCCGUAAAUAGCAAACAUCACAUCGAUUGCAUUCAAACGAGUAUUGGGGCCACACUCAAAAGAAAACAGAAUAGGCCAUAAAAUAAGCAGGGAUACAAAGUAAAAAGACAAAAAUCACAAUGCGGCAAGGAAGAGGUGCUCAUUUUAUGAGGACAUUCAUACAUUUGGAAUAGUAUGAGAAAAUGACAACAUGAACAACAUUUUGGAAACAUUUUGAGGGGGACAAGAUUGAAUUGACCAGAAAAAUGUUAGGAGAAAAAGAAAUGGCGUCGAGGGAAGAAGUUGCAACAUUGCAAGAAUACGUUUGCAUGAUGAGAACAAAAUUCGGAUUUGACAGGAAUCAAUUGAUGAGAACAAAAAAACAAGCAAAAGUUCAUAAGAGCAUUUUCAAAUAUUUUGGGAAGACAUUUGUCAAAAAAAGGAUUUUACAAGAAUAGAAAGUAAAACACAUUUCAAAAAUGAUUUAUUGUAAAAUUAGAUAUUUUGUUUGUUUAACAACAAAUUCUUCUAAAAUACAUUUUUGGGGGGAAGGGGGGGGGGGGGUAAAAAUGUCAGAUUACAACUUUUGUCAUUUGAAAAUGUUUUUUUUUCUUGUAAAAUUACACAUUUUGUUUUGGAGAAUUACAAUCUUUGGGGAGUAAAAUUACAUUCUUUUCUCUUGAACCACACAAAAUGAAAACCCCAAAAUGUUGAAUUAUUAUGAAUCAUAUAUUUUUUCUUGUAAAAUUCUACAAUAUAUUGCGAAAUGAUAAAUGUUUCCUUGUAAAAUGAUGACAUUUUCCGUCCGUAACUCUUAUUGUAAAACGCUAAACUUUUAUCGCUCUCUUACAAUAUUACAAAUGUAUUCUACUCGACAUAUUUGGACAAAUUGGUCAAGUUAUUGAACUUGACUUCUCUUUCUUUUCAGUGUGCCUCUAAUAGUCCCGCUUAAUGUCAAAUAAACAAAGCGUCGAAAUGUCCCCAUGCACCAUCCGUGCAUUGAUUUGCUGAAUGUACUUAGUGUAUAUACAUAAAUGUAUAUUAUUGUGUACAUUAGACCAUGAUGACGACAAAUGCGGCACCGAAGGCAGCUGUUUUAAAAACGUGUGCUUUUCAAAACGCACUCGGCAGGCACACGCUUGACAUAUAAAAUUAUUUAUUGCAGUUUAAGCAGCACAAUAAUCAUUUUUGUUAAUAACAUUUUUUUAUAUCUAGGAUUUUAAAAAACCAAGGAGGAGGGAAAGAUCAUUUCUUUGAUUUUGUACACUUGCUCUGCUUUUUCACGUUUUUUUAAAAAUGUACUUUUUUCCACUUUCGUUGAACAUUUUUUGUUUCCUUUGACCUUUUAAAAGAGAAUAUAGCAGCAAAUAAUUUUUGGGCCAUUCUUAAAUAAGUCAUUAAAAUAAGCAAAUUAGUGCUUAUUGAGCCAAACUUGUGAAUUCAUUUAUUAAAUUGUGGUCAUCUAUUUAACAAACGAUACAAUGCAAAGAAAUUAAUACAUUUCAGAUUGUAUUUUCUUUCAAUUAAAUGAAUUGAGUCCAUGACAAUUUAUUACACACAAUUAUUUAAUAUAUUAAUUCAUAUUUAAAUGAGGUCGUUGACCACGUUUUUAGGUUUAGCGCACAAAUCCCCAUACAUCGUAUCCAUAAACAAAAUAAAACAAAUGAAUUAUAACGAGUUGAAUUCAUUUUGAUAAAAUGAACAAUUAAGGAAAUAUGAUCAUAAAAAUUGUGUUGUAGUAAAAGAUUUAAUAAGCAAAUAAGUUUUCAGAUUGUAUUUUAUGUAAAUGAAUUUAUUUGGAUUAAAUAAUGAGCAAUUUUAUGAAUUCUUUGAUUUCAUCAAAUAAUAUUUGAAUUCAUUAAUCUACAUUUUAAAUGAAUAAUUUCAAUCAUUAUUAAUUUCAAUCACUUAGAUAUUUUAUUUUGGUACAGAAAAACAUACGUACAUAAUAAGAAAUUACUAUCCAUAUUUCUUAAUAUUUAAUUUGGACACAAUUUAUAAUUUUUCUGGUCGGAAUUAAUUCCAGGCUACCAAUAAACUUUUCAUUUUUCAUUGAGGUGCUUGUUCGAAAAAAAAAUACACAUCUCAGGAAACACAAUAUAGACACCAACUGGCAGAUUAUUAUUAUUAUUAUUAUUACUAUUAUUAAAAAAUGUGUCGGUUUAAACCUACAUUGUGUUAUGGUCGAAAUUCCAACAGGCUUGACUUUAGUGUACAGUCCUUGAUUUUGUUGUGCCUCCUCACUGCUUUGGCUCCCCCUGCUGGUCAUUGUGUGCCAAACCCGAACCCACACGUCUCAUUUAUUCAAAUGAAUAUUGAAGGUUUUUGAAAAAUAAAAAAUGCUUCUUUUUUUUGCAGCUGUUAUCUGAAUAAAAAGCAUUUCAUCAUUACGAUACAUUUGUCACACACACACACACACACACAACAGAUUGUUUGGUUUCUUUAUAAUAAAUAUGCACUGGUAAUAAAAGCACAUGGUUACCUGAA